AUGGCGCCAAAGAAAGCGUCAGCAGAGGACGAGCUAUACCAGCUCGAGCUGCUCUCCCUCACCGGCAAGAUCGCCACCGAGCUGCUCAACCACACCGGCAUCAACGACCGCGUCCUCGCCGAGUUCAUCCUCUCCCUCCACGACUCGGCCACCUCGGUCGCAGACUUCAAGGCAAAACUCUCCGAGGUCGGCGCAGACUUUCCUGACGCAUUUGUCGCCAACCUCGACCGCCUCAUCCUCCGCCUCCACCCCAAGCACAAGAAAGCCGCGGCCAAGCCAUCCACCAACGCCCAAGCAGGCUCUUCGUCGCCCAGCGCAAAGGGUAAGCAAAAGGCAACACACGAUGACGAGGAGAGACAGCGCAAGGCUCGCAUGUUCCCCGGCCUCGUCAUCAAGGACCAGGACUGGCAGCCGUCCCAGGAGAAGGAGAAAGGAAAGGGUCACGCAGCUGUAGACGAGUUCAUGAAGGAGUUCGAGGACCUGGCCUCCGCAAAGUCGGGCAACACCACAAAACGUAGCGCCCCAGAAUCAUCUCGAGAAUCUUCAACGCGUGCAGAAUACGACAGAACAGACCAUUCAUCCCGGCGUGGACGUGAUGAGCGUCCACCACCGCACCUCUCGCGGCCCCCAUCAGAUGACAGGCCUCAGCUGUACAAGAUUUACGACGGCAAGGUCAGCAACAUGCGGGACUUUGGCGCCUUUGUCAGCCUGGAAGGUUUGCGCGGCCGCUUCGAAGGUAUGGUCCACAUCGGCUCCAUCGCCGUCGGCACGCGCGUCAAUCACCCCUCGGACCUCCUCUCCCGAGGCCAGAAGGUCAAGGUCAAGGUCAUGUCGGUCGUGGGCGACCGUAUCGGCCUUUCCAUUAAAGACGUCGACCAGGCCACCGGUCGCGACCUCACCCCACACCUCCGCAUCAAGAGCGAGGCAGAGAUGGCCGAAGAACGCGAACGCGUCGCAGCACGCUCCGCCAGCGGCGCCAACAGCGCUCCGCUCGGAGGCGCCAGAGGCGCCAACGGCAACGGUGCCGGCAGCGGCGUUGCAGUCAAGGAAGACGGCCGUGGCCGCAGCAUCAAACGUCUCACCAGCCCAGAACGCUGGGAGCUGCGUCAGCUCAUCGCCAGUGGCGUCGCCAAGGCCAGCGACUAUCCCGAGCUCAUGGAAGAAGACCUGCGCACGCCCAACACCCAACCGGGCGCCGACUCGGACGACGAAGAGAUCGACAUCGAGGUCAACGAAAAGGAGGCGCCCUUCCUCAAAGGCCAGACGAGCGCCUCGCUCGAAAUGUCGCCCGUUAAGAUCGUCAAGGCUCCCGACGGAACGCUCAACCGUGCCGCUGUUGCCGGUGCAUCGCUCGCAAAGGAGCGCAGGGAGCUGCGCAAGCAGGAGGCCGAAGAGGAGGCGGAUGCCGAGGCCGCCGACAUGACUUCCGGAUGGCUCGACCCCAUGGCGCAGCAGGGCGAUCGCAUGUUCGCCCAGGACCGCAGGGGCAACAUUCUCGGCCAAAAGGCGCAGGACCAGCCCGCGUGGAAGAAGGAGACGUUCAACAAGGCCACCACCUUUGGCCGCAUCACCAGCCUCUCGAUGCAGGAACAGCGCCAGAGCCUGCCCAUCUUUAAGCUGCGCCAGCAGCUGGUGCAGGCGAUCCGCGACAAUCAGGUGCUCAUCGUCGUCGGCGACACGGGCUCGGGCAAGACGACGCAGAUGACGCAGUACCUCGCCGAGGAGGGCUUUGCCGACCGCGGCAAGAUCGGAUGCACGCAGCCCAGGCGUGUGGCGGCGGUGAGUGUGGCCAAGCGCGUCGCCGAGGAGGUCGGUUGCAGGGUGGGCCAGGAGGUGGGCUACACCAUCCGAUUCGAAGACUGCACCAGCCCCGAGACCAAGAUCAAGUACAUGACCGACGGCAUGCUGCAGCGAGAGUGUCUGGUGGAUCCGGACGUGUCCAACUACUCGGUGAUCAUGCUGGACGAGGCGCACGAGCGCACCAUCGCCACCGAUGUGCUGUUCGGCCUGCUCAAGAAGGCGCUCAAGCGUCGGCCGGAUCUCAAGCUCAUCGUCACGUCGGCCACGCUCGAUGCGGAAAAGUUCUCGACCUACUUUUUCGGCUGCCCCAUCUUCACCAUCCCCGGCCGCACGUAUCCGGUGGAGAUCCUGUACACCAAGGAGCCCGAGCCGGACUACCUGGAUGCGGCGCUCAUCACGGUAAUGCAGAUCCAUCUGUCGGAGCCGACGGGCGAUAUCUUGGUUUUCCUGACGGGCCAGGAGGAGAUCGACACCAGCUGCGAGAUUCUGUUCGAGCGCAUGAAGGCGUUGGGACCGAGCGUGCCGGAGCUCAUCAUUCUGCCCGUGUACUCGGCGCUGCCGAGCGAGAUGCAGACCAAGAUCUUUGAGCCGACGCCGGCGGGAUCGCGCAAGGUGAUCCUCGCCACCAACAUUGCCGAGACGAGCAUCACGAUCGACGGCAUCUACUAUGUGGUCGAUCCGGGAUUCGUCAAGCAGAACGCGUACGAUCCGCGGUUGGGCAUGGACUCGCUGGUGGUGACGCCGAUCUCGCAGGCGCAGGCGCGUCAGCGUGCGGGUCGUGCGGGGCGCACGGGACCGGGCAAGUGCUACAGGCUGUACACCGAGGCGGCGUAUCGGAACGAAAUGCUGCCCAAUUCGAUCCCAGACAUCCAGCGACAGAAUCUGGCGUCGACGAUCCUGGCGCUCAAGGCGAUGGGCGUCAACGACCUGGUGAAUUUUGACUUUAUGGAUCCGCCGCCUGCGCAGACGCUGCUGACGGCGCUCGAGUCGCUGUAUGCGCUGAGUGCGCUCGACGACGAAGGGCUGCUGACGCGGCUGGGACGCAAGAUGGCCGACUUUCCGAUGGAGCCGAUGAUGUCCAAGAUGCUGAUUGCGUCGGUGGAUCUGGGGUGUAGCGAGGAGAUGCUGUCGAUCGUGGCGAUGCUGUCGGUGCAAAACGUCUUCUACCGGCCAAAGGAUAAGCAGACGCAGGCGGACGCCAAGAAGGCCAAGUUCUUCCAGCCCGAGGGCGACCAUCUGACGCUGCUCAGCGUGUACAAUGGCUGGGCGGCGAGCAAGUUCAGCAUGGCGUGGUGCAUGGAUAACUUUGUGCAGGGACGCUCGUUGCGGCGUGCGCAGGAGGUGCGCAAGCAGCUGGUGGGCAUCAUGGAUCGGUACAGCCACGACAUUGUCUCGUGCGGCAAGAACUACAACCGCGUACGCAAGGCGAUUUGCUCGGGCUACUUUCGCAAUGCGGCAAAGAAGGAUCCGCAGGAAGGAUACAAGUCGCUUGCCGAGUCGGGAGGGACCGUGUACAUCCAUCCGAGCUCGGCGCUGUUCAACCGCGCACCCGAGUACUGUGUGUACCACGAGGUGGUGCUCACUACGCGCGAGUACAUGCGCGAGGUGACCGCCAUCGAACCCAAGUGGCUCGUCGAGGUCGCGCCGCGCUUCUUUAGGCCGGCGGAUGCGAUGAACAUCUCGAAGAGGAAGAGGCAGGAGAAGAUCGCGCCGCUGUUCGACAGGUUUGCGAAACAUCAGGACGAGUGGAGACUCAGCAAGGUCAAGCGCGUGGGUAAGAGCUCGCAGACGUUUGGAUAG